GUUCGUCCCACCCACAGUAGUACGAUUACAUAGACUUUUACUUCUGCCUGACAACAAAAGUGAUAUAUACUUCAUACCCCACGACCACUUUACCGUCUAACUUUUACGUUGAGAUCUUCCAAGAAAAAAAAAGCUAGAAAUGGCGUCCAACCCUCCCGGCAAGUGCUGCACCGUCGGCGCGAAGCACCAAGGCGAGCCAAUCGGCACCCACGCCAGCAUCGACAAUGGCUCCCUCGAUGUCUACAUCGCCAAGCCCACGACCCCCAAGGCGGGCAAGGCCGUCCUCUUCGUCCCGGAUGUGAUGGGCAUCUCUCAGAACGCCAACCUCAUGGCCGACCAGCUCGCCGCCAAUGGGUACUAUACUCUGAUCCCCGACCUGUUCAACAAGGAUUCGCUCUCGAACCCAUGGCGUCCGGAGAACUUCAACCUCAUGAACUGGAUCCAGCACGGCAUGAAGGGUGAUAACCCGCACACUGUCCCCGAGGUCGACGCUAUUAUGGUCAAGGCGCUGGACUACCUGAAUGAGCAGGGCUACAAGGAGAUCGCCGCUGUGGGUUACUGCUUUGGCGCAAAGUAUGUAGUGCGUUUCAUGUCUGAGGAGAAGGGAAAGCGCAUUAAGGUUGGGUAUUUGGCACACCCAUCUUUUGUGGAUGAGGCAGAGCUAGAGGCUGUUGAGGGGCCGGUAUCGAUCUCUGCGGCGGAGACGGAUACGAUUUUCCCGGUCGAGGAGAGGCAUAAGUCGGAGGAGAUCUUGGCCAAGAUCAAGGUUCCCUACCAGAUCAACCUGUUCUCAGGAGUCAGCCAUGGCUUCGCCGUCCGUGGUGAUCUGAACAUCCCGCAGGAGAAGUGGUCGAAGGAGCAGGCGUUUGAGCAGGCUGUUCAGUGGUUCAACUUCCAUUUGUAAGUGCUGGGAUCCAAGUUUGGGAGAGACUUGUUGAGUUGGUAUAGGGGCACUUUACCUGGCCAUAAGGAUUACAAUGGAACGAAGGGGGUAAACAGCAAGUUCUAAUACGAUUGCUGAGGCUUGCACAAUUUAAAUAUAUAUAACGAUACAAUAUGCUUACUUAUUAA